UAUCGAUCAAGAACUAGUUCACAAGAACAUGUAUGUGGCACGUCAUUAGCGUUAACUAUUGUCAAUCAUAGCAACCAGCACAGCCCAUAAUCAAUUUGUCAAGCAACAAUGAGUGCCCUGUUCAAUUUCCACAGCUUGCUUUCCGUUAUCCUGCUUCUGAUCUGUACCUGUGCGUAUUUGCGGUCUAUGUUCCCCAGCAUCAUCGACCGGAAAAAGACUGGCCUACUUGGCACGUUUUGGAAGCUUGCGCGUAUUGGUGAGCGUAAGUCGCCCUGGGUCGGUGCCGCUUGCCUGUUGAUGGCGUUCACUGUUCUCUUUUGGAGUUAACUUUAAGUUUCAGUAAUGUCACUGGACAUAUUCAUGGCUUACAAGCAACAGCCAAAUCUGAAUCGUAUACAUUUGUAAAUAUGGAUGUACUUGAGUACUUUCCCACAUAUUUAACAUAAAUGUAAGAAUUGUAAA